CAGGGGAUAUGUAAAGCAGUAAGAUCAUAGCCGAACUCCCCAGAAUGGCUACUAAAAGCAUUUGGCAAAGAAAUGUCAUUUUGAUCCACCUACAGCAAAACGCUUUCUCCCACUAUUCAUGAAUAUGAUGACUAGCCUAGCAUCAACUACCCACAUAGCAAACGGACUUGGCUCAAAUGUGGCCUCAAGCUGGCAUUGCUGGCCUAAUGUCGGCAAUGGGAUGUACCCUUUCAGCCAGAGCUGGGCAAUGUGUGGCAAUGACGGCACAGCGGGGAUCCGGCAAACAAUAUCCGGGCCGAUUGUUGAUGGGAGGAGUGUGGCCAAGAUCAGUCAGCUUGGCUCAGGAUAGUGGCUCGUUUAUGCGUCACAUUAAAAAGACAUUUAUUCUGCUGCUCACAUUAGCAUUUUUACUGUCUGCUGUUGCUUAUGUCUCAGAUUUCUCUUUUGAGACAAUUGCAUACUCUCAAACCUGGUUGACUAAAAUCAGGAAUUGGACUCAUGCUGAGGUAAUUAAUAGCAAUUGGGCUGAUCGUUCUCAAAAUGAUUUAUUAGCACCUUUGCCAAAUCAACAAAUCCAACCAAGAGGUACAACUAUCUAUCAUCAUGUGGCUCAUCCAAGCAACUAUAAUUUCAUGCUGGAUGAACCUGAUAAAUGUAAGCAGGAUCCGUUCUUGGUCUUGAUGGUCCCUGUGGCCCCCCAUCAGCUGGAGGCUCGUAACGCCAUCCGCAGCACAUGGGGGAAUGAGAGCUCAGUGCAGGGAAAAGCAGUGCUGACUCUGUUCUUGGUGGGUUUGACUGGAGGAGCUGAAGCUCAACAGAAGCUGGAGGAAGAGAGUCGACAACACAGAGAUUUACUGCAGAGCAACUUUGUGGACUCCUACUUCAAUCUGACCAUAAAGACCAUGGUGAUCAUGGACUGGCUGGCCACUCGUUGCCCUCAAGCAGCGUAUGCUAUGAAGGUUGAUUCUGAUAUGUACAUAGGCCUGGAGAACCUGAUGACCCUGCUGUUGUCACCCAACACACCCAGACAGAACUACAUCACAGGGUAUUUGAUGUGGAACCGGCCUGUUGUCAGAAACAAAAACUCUAAAUGGUACGUCUCAGAGGAAUUGUACCCUGAACCGACAUACCCCACGUACCUGCUGGGAAUGGCAUAUCUUUUCUCCAAUGACCUGCCAGAAAAAAUAGUUGAGGCUUCCAAGGAAAUAAAGCCCUUUAACAUAGAAGAUGCAUAUGUGGGUGCUUGUCUGAAACAGUUGGGCAUUGUACCCUCAUCUCCCCCAGACCCUUCACAGUUUAGAGCCUAUCUGGGACAAUAUAAUCGAGAAGAUUUUUUUAGAGUUAUUACGACAAUCCUGGGAUCCCCACAGCAGCUAAUAGACAUCUGGAAGGACGUAAAGAGGCCCUCAUAAAACAUUUCAAUAAAGUUUCAUGGGCUCUAUUACAACUUUAAAGUUGAAAUUUAUAGUUUUAUGAAAUUAACUCAAAACUACAUAAACAAACAUAAAUAACAAUUUUAACUGAAAGGUUGAACUGGGUUUGCAAAGCAAAUGUGUUUUUCCAUAAAUCUCUGUUGGGGCAGGUUGUCAUCUGGUGUCAUAAUUAUCUUGUAUACUGAAACUGUAAGUUAAUUUAGCAUUUCUGUUGGCCAGAACAAAGGUUUGAUUUAUGUGCAUUAUGUUUUUCAUUUUUAUUUUUUUCAUGAGUUAUUAUUACAACUGAUUUACUCUUUGAAGUAUUAAUGAAAUGUUUUUCUCGGUCAAUGUUCAGUGAAAAUUUUUAACUCAAAUGUACUUCCGUGGUCUAAAAAGAGUAUUCAGUGAAACUACAAAUUUGUAAAUAAAUGUAUAUA